AUGAGGACCUCUCCUAUUGCCAAAGAGAUCUUCUCACGUGCACAAGUCAUCAAACGGCGCCUCAAGGUCAUGUCUGAUCCAUCUUACGAGCCGGUUGAGAUUCCCGACCCACGCUUCUCGUAUCGCGACUUUGCCGCAUGCUGGCAGGAGCCUCUCGAAACAAUACUAGAGAUUCCUGUCUUGGAGGAUGACGCCACUGGUGCAGGUAGUUUCCCUGAGAUGGACAAUGUCAUUAAGAGAACGCUUGUGAAAGUCUCGCUUCAGCCGCCGGCGACGCAGAUGAGGCGGGAGGUGUACUUGGACAUGGCGCGCAAGGUCCAGAUAAUUCUCAGAGAUGUUUCUGUUAAUGAAGCGUUGGGGGUCGCGGCCGCGCUCAAUGCGGGAACCUUUGUUACGGAUAAACGGAGGGGGGAGGACAUUUGCAAAAAGAUCAGAAAUGUCUGCCUUCAUAAUGAUCUCUUGCUGCGAAAUGCCUGUGUAGACGUUGACACACAAGUUUUUGAACUGCGCCUGAUUGAAAUCAAACCAACUGCGGUUCGCGAGCUCAAGACCCCACCCCGUCAAAUCAUCCAUUGCCACUUCUCCGAAAAGGGCAGUAUCUGGGACCAACUUGAACAGGAACAAAAGGCCAACGUUUCCACAACCCCCGAAGCCCAAAAGACCACUCAAGUGGUCUCCCCCGAAGCUCCAAAGUCGAGGAUGACGACCGUCAGGGGCCCAAAGUUUUCCGUAGCCGACUAUGGAUCGCCCUUCUUCGGGACUAAAGCAGAGAAGCGCACCCACUACAACGAACUCAUCCCCCUCGACCGUUGGUCAGCCGCAGCAACAUACGACUUUAAAAGAAAGUUCUAUCCGUCGGGCUUCGGCCGCAGCAGGGCGAAGUUAAAUGCUCUUUCGCGCUCACCGGAUUCAGAUGAGAAUCCGUUUUUGGCCACUGGGAGCAAGGCUCUGCAGAAAUGUCGUUUGCUUUUCUUUGGGGUGGAGGCCCAGGUUGACGACGAGGGGAAGACCAGCUUUGUAGGUGCUACUAGGCCAUAUAGUACCCGGGUCGAUGUUAGAACCGCAUCCAGAAUCCCACGGCCAUUUGGGCACUUUGUCAGAGCACCGUCUGUGGGUUCUGCCUCAGAGGGCGGGCCACCAGCUAGUCAACCAGAGCGUCAACCAGAGCGUCAGCUGGAGCUUCGAGCAGGGCGUCCAACGGCGCAUCAACAAGAAUCAGCUAAUGCGGUGCGUGCUGCACCGGCAUUUCAACGACGGUUUCUCCUCUAG